UUCAUCUCCAAAUAAGUAUUGUGCAAUUGAAUCAAUACAAGUAGCAGGACUAACCAGCUCUCUGAAUCUUAACAGUGCAGCCUGGUGCAGACGACCAACGACCAUGCGGCGCCACCAAGCCAGCAACGGUUGUGUUGGUACCGUCACACUUGCGAUGUCGACGACGAUAUCCAUAUCCAUCCAGCUGGCGCUCGCCGCCGCCGGCGACCUAUGGCCACCGACCACGGGCAUGCCGGCGGUGUACGUGUUCGGGGACUCCCUCCUGGACGUGGGCAACAACAACUACCUGCCGGGGGCGGACGUCCCCCGGGCCAACAUGCCCUACUACGGCGUCGAUUUCCCCGGCGGCGCCAGACCCACCGGAAGGUUCAGCGACGGCUACAACGUCGCCGACUUGGUCGCGAAGGCUAUGGGGUUCAAGAGGAGCCCGCCGGCGUACCUGUCGCUCUCGCGGCGCUCCGGCCGACGGCAUCGUCUCGUCGCCAGGGGCAUCGGCGGAGUGAACUACGCUUCUGGAGGAGCUGGGAUUCUCGACUCUACUUUCGCCGGAAAGAACAUCCCGUUGUCCAAGCAAGUGCGCAACUUCGAUGCAACCAAGGCUCAGAUGGUACUAAAACUGGGUGCCACCACGGUGAAGCACCUGCUCUCCAAAUCGCUCUUCCUCAUCGCCGUCGGCACCAACGACAUGAUGGCCGCGUUCGCCACAUCGUCAUCAAACAACAACGGCCACGUCGCCGUCGCCGCCUUCUACUCCGACCUCAUCUCCAACUACUCAGCCACCAUCACAGGGUUGUACGGGAUGGGUGCCAGGAAGUUUGCCGUGAUCAACGUGGGCCGGAUCGGGUGCGCGCCAAUACAGCGCCUGCAGAGCCCGACGGGCGCGUGCGACGACGGCGCCGACGCGCUCGCCGCCGGCUUCGACGACGCGCUCGGGUCUCUCCUGUCCAGACUCGCCUCCGACGACGACGACCACCGCCUGGACGGCCUGACCUACUCCCUCGGCGACCUAUACAGCCUGAUGCAGGCGAUCAUAGCCGACCCGUCGGCGGCAGGGUUCGCCGACGUGGACAGCGCCUGCUGCGGCGGCGGCCGGCUCGGGGCGCAGAGCGUCUGCGGGCAGCCGAACUCGACGCUGUGUGGCGACCGCCGGCGCCACCUCUUCUGGGACUACGGCCAUCCCACGCAGCGCGGCGCCGAGCUCAUCGUGUCGGCGUUCUAUGAUGGCCCCGAGCAGUUCACCACGCCGGUCAACUUCAAGCAGCUCGUCCGCCGGGCAUGAGUGUCAACAGCAGCAAAACACACACGAGCGUGAUGAUUAGUUAGUAGUUUAGUACGAGUACUUUGUUCAUCGUCUCUCUCUCUCUCUCUCCCUAUCCUUCAACUCUGACAUGUGGGUCUACUUGUCCCGUACCCUCCUCCCAAAUCAAUCAUAACUUGAAAGUGAGACAACGGAGCAUGCGGUGGCCCGUUACCACUAGUACAUGGAUAUUGAUGCCUAUAAUUAAGGGGGAUUUCUAUUUAUCUGUCGGUUGUUGCUGUGUCCUUAAUCAAUCAGUUUUUUAUGGCUAUGAUUUUGUUAAGAUCUGUGUUAUUAUAUGGUUGCUUCCUUGUAACAGGCUCGUUUUCUCUAGAUAGGCCCAUCUGAGUCUAUCUUUUAUCGUUCAUUUUUUUAUUCUCUUGUUCGAUAUCAGUGCGCUUGUCCGAGAGAGAGCGCUUGUUGCUCGCCGAAAGUGCCGAUGUCAACGCCGGCUCAGGUGUCGCCAGAGGCGGAGGUAGAGGCGGCAACGGCGGUGGCGGUAGAGGCGGACGCGGACACGGCUGCGGUUGCAGAGACGGAUGCGGACACGGAGGUGCUGACGCCAGCUCCCUCUCUUGCAUCACCGUCCUGUGAAGGACUACUAUUCUCUCUUCAUCUUGUCGUCUCACUGGAGGCGGAGUUUGAAGGUGCCUGCUGUCAGUUUUUUUGUUUCAGUCCAGAAUAUUUAUUUUGUUUGUUUAUAUCUGUGUUUGUUUGUGUAUUUGCGACCUUGUGGGUUCUAACCUACGUAGUACAGUUUGAUGUGCGUCGAUGCUUAGUUACUUACCACAAAACCUAACCUGCUCACUAGCACAUAGCACCUAAUUUAGCACCAAUAAUUAGCUCUGCCUGUUUACAUGCCUGUGCAUUUGACCUCUCCACUCGUGCUACAUAUGCUAUUAUGAUGUCAUGGAAGCGAUUAUCCUUUUGUCUGCAGGAUCUGUUAAUUUGCUUACCGUUCAUACCAUUAUGCUUAUGAUCCAGUUUGUUUACCUUGUGAUUUGAAUUUUGUUAUAGGUGCACUUUGCAAGUGCUAUUUUGAAAUUUUAUUGCUCAACACUUAUAUUUAACUAACUUCGUGAAUGCCGGUGCUUCUAGUUUGCUAUAGCUAACUUUGAGUUGUCAUAGUUUACAUUUUUUGUUGUUUGGAAGAACAAUACUGAUAGGUGACAGCUAGAAAACAAUUAUACCCUGAGUCCAAAUUGGCUGUUAUGGUGGUUUCACAAAGAGGCUUUAUUUCUGCCCUUUUUAGGGUGCACAGGGGUAGGGAUGUACUAUGCAAUUUUGAUGAAAAAGUGUGUGUUUUGUCAGUUUCAGUUUCAUUGUUAUUUAAUUGCAUGUACUCAGUUUCAGUUUUCAGUUUUUUUUUCCUUUUUGAUUGUCAGUGUUUCAGUAUUUAGAUUUUUUAUUAUAAAUGUUCCUAUUAGUUUCAGUUCGUUCAGUGAUGGUUAAUCCAUUGGAUUGAUAUGUUAUCGUGCAUCACAAUUAGGUUGUACUUGUAUUAAGUUUCUUUUAUUUUCCUUUUUGAUUGUCAGUGUUUCAGUAUUUAGAUUUUUUAUUAUAAAUGUUCCUAUUAGUUUCAGUUCAUUGAGUGAUGGUUAAUCCAUUGGAUUGAUAUGUUAUUGUGCAUCACAAUUAGGUUGUACUCGUAUUUGUUGUCCCACAUGGGUUGGUUUCUGAAAGCUAAUAUUGUAAUUUUGGUUUCAGAAAUUAGAUCUUCGUUGUGGCUUAAGAAGGUUGGUUAUUAGGUGUUGGGGUAGGCAUUUGGGCUUGUUCAUUAGUACUUAGGGAUAAUUAGAUGGUUUGUUCAGUGGCAUUAUUUUCAGUGCAAUGCCCUCUCUGUUGUUCGUCAGUAGCAGUUAAGCCGCAGAGUAUGAGCUAAUUUGAGUUAGCUCUUUAGACGUAAUUGCUACAUCCUUUAUCAGUCAGCUCCUUGACUUCUUGUUCAAGUAGCUGAUUUUAGACUCUGAGGAAUCUUGAGAGGAUUUGAGCUCGUUACUUUUUGCUUUUGUAUCCCUCUACAGUGGUCAUUGUUACUUCAAGCUGCAUUCCUCUUUUCUGCUGAAUACAACAGCUUUUUGUUGAA